GCGCCAGAGCUCAGUGACAGUUAUGGCGCUGACGGGUCAGGUCCCCUCCCGCGCGGUCACAGGAGCGAUCGGCAUAGGAUUGUUACGUGGGUUUUUGUAUUUUGUGGUCGUAGGAAGCGCGUGCGGUAGGGUACUCAGUGAUGAAUCAUUGUCAGAAGCAGUUUUUGGAGCACAGGUCAGAGAGGUCGAGCAUCACCAACUCGGUACGGAUGACCUCGGACCUGACAUCGACAUCAGACUCUUUGCUGAAAAGUUUGCUGCACCGAAAUUUCGUCAGCUAGCAUUGACUGAAAGUGUGAAGAACAAAGGAGAUAUUUGUUCAGUAAGUGAGCUUCAAUCUGUGCCAGUGAGAACUCAUGGUGUGUUUGGAAAUGCUUCCUCUGGUGAUGUGAGAAAUGGACAGGGAAUAGCGGUUGGACGAAGUGGCUGCACAACAUCAUAUCACUUGUGUGCAUGGGAGGCAGACAGAGAGAAAGGACAUUUAGACUGGAUUCAUCUUGGAAAACAUUCCGUCAUUGACAUAGGACGUCCGUGCAGCAGCGAUGACCUCGACAGUUCAAGACUGCGGCGUCAGGCGGUGCUGACCGGCACUGGCCCAGCGACGGUCGCCGAUGGCCCAGUGCCGGUGCUGGCAGGCACUGGCCCGGUGCGGGUCCCCGCUGACCCGGAGCCGGCUUUCGGUCUCCCGGCUCCGGUGCUGGCCGCCACUGGGCCGGGCCCUGCCGCCGCCGCCGCUGGCCCGGACCCUGCCGCCGCCGCCGCUGGCCCGGUGCUGGCCGGUCUGCGCGUGGAGGCCUCCUACAAGCCGCCGGACAUGGGCGCGGACGGCGUCAUCAGCGUGCUGCAGGACCGCGAGGCCACGCUGCGGCUGUUCGGGGCCGGCCUGGCCGACGGGCUGCGCUUCAAGUUCACCGGCGACGCGCUGGAGCCGGGCGCCAGCUGCGAGCAGAGCCAGACCACCGUGGCGUUCGAGCUGAAGUCGGUGGACGCGGCCGGCACGUCGGGGCUGCUGACGGUGGUGCUGCCGCAGCUGCCCAGCGGCGCCGAGCGGUUCUACGUGUGCGGCCAGCCGGCCGGCGGCGGCCCCUACACCCACCUGGGCUCUGAGCCGUACCUGGCGAUCGGCACGUUCCCGCCGCUGCUGCCGCUGGCGCUGCACGUGGUGCUGCUGGUGGUCCUGCUCUGCCUGUCGGGCCUGUUCUCCGGACUGAACCUGGGCCUGAUGGCGCUCAACAUCACAGAACUGAAGCUGGUGCUGUCCACGGGCACGGACAGCGAGAAGGGCUGGGCGCGCACCAUCAUCCCGGUGCGCAACCACGGCAACUACCUGCUCUGCACCCUGCUGCUCGGUAACGUGCUCGUCAACUCUUCACUCACCAUCCUGCUGGACGAGCUCACCUCGGGCAUCGUGGCCGUCAUCGGCUCCACCCUGGGCAUCGUCAUAUUCGGCGAGAUCGUGCCGCAGGCGCUGUGCUCGCGCCACGGCCUGGCCGUAGGCGCCAAGACCAUCUACCUGACCAAGCUGUUCAUGAUCGUCACGUCGCCGCUGAGCUACCCGAUCUCGCUGAUCCUGGACCGGGUGCUCGGCGAGGAGAUCGGGAACACCUACAACCGCGACCGGCUCAAGGAGCUCAUCAAGCUCAACAAGGACGACAUGGGUCUGGAGAAUGAGGAGCAGAACAUGAUCGUGGGCGCGCUGGACCUGAAGGCCAAGACGGUGGCAGACGUGAUGACGCCGCUGGAGGACGUCUACAUGCUGCCCUAUGUGGCCAUCCUCGACUAUCAGACCAUCUCAGAGAUCAUGGAGCAGGGCUACUCGCGGAUACCGGUGUACGAGGGCGACCGCUCCAACAUCGUGGCCGUGAUGCUGGCCAAAGACAUGGCGUUUGUCGACCCGGACGACUGCACGCCCAUCAAGACGCUGUGCCACUUCUACCAGAACCCGUGGUCGUUCGUCUUCGAGGACGUCACGCUGGACGUCAUGCUCCGCGAGUUCAAAGAAGGCAACAAGGGCCACAUGGCGUUCGUGCAGCGGGUGGUCACGGAGACGGUGGGCGACCCGUACUACGAGCUGGUCGGCCUGGUCACCCUGGAGGACGUCAUUGAGGAGAUGAUCCAGUCCGAGAUCGUCGACGAGACGGACGUACUCAUCGACAACAAGACCAAGAAGCGCCGCGGGAAGAAGCGCCGCAUGCCGGACCCGAUCGCCUUCGCGCAGCCGACCAACAACCAGAUUCACAUAUCGCCGCAGCUGGCGCUGGCCACCUUCCAGUUCCUUCAGACAGUGGAGCCGUUCAAGAACGAGUUCAUCUGCCCGUCGGUGCUGAAAAAGAUGCUCGAGCGCGACGUCGUGCGCCACAUCAAGCCCCGGGACGACGCGAACGUCUACAUCUACGAACGGAAUAAGCCGGUGGACUUCUUCUGCAUGAUUCUGGAAGGUCGCGUGCACGUCACCAUGGGCAAGGAGAACCUGGCGUUCGAGAGCGGGCCGUUCAGCUACUUCGGCACCCAGGCGCUGGUGAUGCUGCCCUCGGAGUGCGAGGCCUCGCCGCAGCUACUGCGCGGCUCGGCCCACUCGCUGGACGGCGGUAUGCGCGCCAGCUUCACACCCGAGUACUGCGUGCGCGCCAUCACCGAGGUCUACUACCUGAAGGUGCGCCGCUUGCACUACGUGGCCGCGCGCAAGGCGACGCUGGUGGCGGCGCAGCGUGACCCCUCCCGCUCCGUGGACCACUCGGAGUCGCUGGCGCACGACAUGGCCGCACUGGGCUCCCGGACGGACUCGCUGCGCGACUUCCACCUGAACCCCAACAACACGGUGAGCCGCAACGGCGGCGACUCCAGCGCCACGCUCGUCUCGAUGCCGGACGGCGCGCCGGCCCAGUCUGCCGGCGGCGGCGGCGGCAGCGACACGGAACAGUCCGAGAUGAGCUCACUGCUCAGUGUGCCGGCCACGCCCAGCGGACCGACCGCCCCCGCGCGGCACGUCAACUUCGUGGAGGCCGGCCUGUCCGGCAGCGAUCCUAUCGUCCGGCCGGGCGGCCGCCGGCACCGGGUCGGCUUCCAGCUGUCCCCGCCUCCCGACCCGGGCCGGCCUCGGACCCGCGCCUCUCCCGACUUCGGCCGGCCGCCGUCACCCCACAUCGCCACGCUGUGAACAGCCGCGCCUCUCCUGAUAUCGCCACAGCCGCGCCUCUCCUGAUAUCGCCACUCUGAACAGCCGCGCCUCUCCUGAUAUCGCUACAGCCGCGCCUCUCCUGAUAUCGCCACGCUGCGCCUCUCCUGAUAUCGCCACAGCCGCGCCUCUCCUGAUAUCGCCACAGCCGCGCCUCUCCUGAUAUCGCCACAGCCGCGCCUCUCCUGAUAUCGCCACAGCCGCGCCUCUCCUGAUAUUGCCACAGCCGCGCCUCUCCUGAUAUCGCCACGCUGUGAACAGCCGCGCCGGACCGCGCGUCUCCAACAUCAGACCUGUGUAUAUCUCCUGACAUCACCUGGCGGCCUGUACCCGUCCUGACAUCACUCGGUGGCCUGUAUAUCUGACAUCGCCUUGCGACCUGUGCACCUGUUUCACCCGGCGGCCUGUACCUGUCCUGACACCGCCCGGCGGCCUGUACGAGUAUAGUCGACUACAGAAUGAUGUUCCACUUUUCACAGACCAUUAUUUGCCUGGCGUGGUAGGCAGUGCCGCAUCACAUGGGCUGAGUUCACAAAUUAUAGCUUUGUCCCAAUGCUCACAAUCGACACGCUUAAUUGCGUGAUAAACGGCACAACUUAGCGCUCCGGUCAACUGAUAGCUUCUGAGGAGUGGAACAUUAUUCUGUAGUCGACUAUACCCGUCCUGACAGCCGGUAACCUGUAUAUCUCUCCUGACGUCACCUAUCCUGACAUCAGCCGGCGGCCUGUGCACCCAUGUCACCCGGCGGUGUGUCAUGUCCUGGCCGAGUUCCAGCGCGUGUGCGCGUGUGUGGGAGGUAGCGCCUGUCCAGGGUCCGGGCGGCGCCGCCUGUGUAGCGGUCGUAUUAUAGCGGCCCGCGGCAGCCGGCUGGUCAGCUGAGCAGCUCUCUUCUUUUGAUAAUUUGUUUUCAAGACAGGUGUGGUAUCGCCGUGACGAACUAAUUAGUGUAUCGGCGGCCGACUUGGUAGUUGCUGGGUUCCUUUUCUAGUUAUGAUCUGUUCUUGAAGCAAUGAAUACACGGAGAUACGUGAAG